AUGAGUUGCCCGCCGGCUGCCGUGGACUGGGCAUCGCUGCUUCUCCCGCGAGCGCCGGGGUCGUCGUUGCACGUCGUGACGCCGCCGCCGGCGCAGCAGCAGGCAGCGGCGGGCGCGAGCGAAGUCGAGAGUGGUGGUAGUAGCGCUGUGACUGUGGCCGGGAGCAGUGCUUGUGCGACGGCGGCCGGAGAGGGAGAUAAUAAUAAGGUCGGAAAAGAAGGGAAGAAGGGCGGCGGCGGGAGGGGGAAGAAGAAGGCGAGCCGGCCACGGUUCGCGUUCCAGACACGGAGCGACAACGACGUUCUCGACGACGGCUACCGGUGGAGGAAGUACGGGCAGAAGGCCGUCAAGAACAGCGCAUUUCCAAGGAGCUACUACCGGUGCACGCACCACACGUGCGACGUGAAGAAGCAGGUGCAGCGGCUGGCCAAGGACACGAGCAUCGUAGUGACCACGUACGAGGGCGUGCACAACCACCCGUGCGAAAAGCUCAUGGAGGCACUCAGCCCCAUCCUCAAGCAGCUCCAGCUCCUCUCGCAGCUCCAGUCUUGCACUAAUCAACUCCUCUGA